UCUAAGAUAUCAUAGAUGAGAGAUAUUAGAAUACCAUGUUACAUUGAAUAGUAAAGGUAAGAAGGAAGGAAAGAGAAAGAAAAUUUGAUCUUCGUUGCGUGUUUUCUCUCGUGAAAAAAGAAAGAGAGUAUGUGUGAGUCUUUUCUACUCGACGAUUGAUUAAAUCGUCGUCGAACGUCGUUGGACGUUAAUCGAAAGGGAAACCUUGCAUCGUCUUCUUCGUGCACCGACUACCACCAUUACCGUUUCUCUUACCUUAUUCUCGUGCGAAUAGAUUAUAGAAGCCGCGAAGAACUCCGUACGACGUCGAGUGUGUACGCCUGACUAAGAUCAGAUCUCCCGGCGUUCGAGAGAAACCAGAAAUACCGCGUACCCGGGAUAAUAUCCCAUUAGCUGAAAGAUCAAUUAACUCGCGUUAACGGACACUUUAAUCACCGGUGUUGCUGAUCAUAGUUCUAAUAGUGUUGGCGGUGAUGGUGGUGGUGGUGGUGGUGGCGGUGAUAGUAGUAGUAGUAGUAGUAGUAGUAGUAGUAGUAGUAGUCAUGGUGGUCACGUUGAACUAUCGAGUGAUCUAGCCGUUUAAUCUGCUUUUCGAGAUCGAUCAUCUCGAUCAUCAUUUUUCCUUCCUUCUCUCCUUCUCUCUCUCUCCUUCUUUCUCUUCCCCUUUGCUUUUCAUUUCUGUAUACCUCUUUUUCUUAACAUUGUUACAUAGCAUAGUAGAGACUAGUAAUUCCGCGAUUAACGUUCCGCAGGAAGCGUUAGAUUAUAGUUUACUAGUCAUCUUCAUCUUGUAACGUUAUUGAAGAAUUUCGUUCGAAAUUAUUCCUUGCGAUAGAUCGAUUGAUAACGAAGAAUGUUAAUGACUAUUCGUUCGUACUUUCGUACUAACUGGGUCUACUAUAUACAUAUACAUACGUUCAAUUACGUAAGCUCUCGCGACGGACGUCGAUCUAUUCUACGAAAGAGGAAAAAAUAAUAAAGAAAAAAAGAAAAAUCGAAUUGGCUAUAAAUCCAUUUGUUAGUCAUUAAUCGCAAACGAUCGUCAGCGUUUAUCCAUAAAAUUAUAAUCUUUAAGAAACAUGCAUUCUUAAUUUUUCUCUUUUUUCGAUAGAUUUCUGUAAUGAUAUAACAUAUAUACAUGACGAAAACGUCGAAGAUCAAUAAAUAGUUAUAAUUUUAAUAGAACUUUAUCGAAUCUACGAAAAAACCAAAGGCGAAUCAUCUCUGACGUUGUUUUACAACACGUUGGCACAAACAUACAAACGGUAGUAAUUGACGCGUUUAUGAAGAGAUCAAGAAUUUUAUUUUGUCUCUUAUCCAUAUCCUCCUCCUUCUUCUUACGUUCUGUUUCCCCUUUUCUUUUCACUCGCUCUUUUGUUUCGCCUGUCCGACUCGCUUUUCAGCCGGAUGAAGGUAGCGCCGGUCUCGCGUUGACGUGCGAAUACCCGCGGCACACCCGUGACCGAAUCUCGAACGGUUUUAUUACGAUUUAACACGCCCUGACUACGUUGCAAGGUGCUACGAGAAAUAAAGACGUAAAAGCGUACGAAGAAAAAUAAGACGAAGAGAGAGAGAGAGAGAGAGAGAGAGAGAGAGAGAGAAGAGAAAGGGAGAGAAAGAGAGAUAAAGACAAUGAUGCGAGAUCGUAAAUGUAAAACCUUUUAUACAUCACGAGUUUUUACGAGAAGUCGCAAAAUUCUCGCGUGAAAAGAGAAGGAAAAAUAUUCUCCCAUUUUAUUAUUCGAUUUCGACGCGUUAAAAACAAGGAGAGAGGAAAAAGAGAGAAUAUAAAAAAUCGUGAAUGAUGAGAUUUCGGACGUUGCUAACGAACGUUUCGCGGAAGUGGUGGAAAAGAUAAUAAGAAUUCUUAAAAGAUACAACUUUGGCGAUGAUCUCUUACCUCGUUCCUCCGUUAAUCUUGCAAAAUACGAGUCCUCCUUCCGUACGGCCGGUUUUACGAGAGGACGAAAGAACGAAUGAAAUUAUAAGGAAAAAAUAUCGGAGUUAUGUUAGGACGUUCUUGCGUGUUAUUCAAUGUUUUUCUGUAUUUGUAUACGAAAUGUAUGUAUGUUGAAAGACAGAGAGAGAAAGGCAAAGACGGAGAGAUACAAGGAGAAAUAGUAUGUAAACAAAUGAUUAUUCAUCGUAUUUCUCAGUUUGUUCGGGACAAGCAGAGCGUUCACAUCUAUCAAAAUUUUCUACGUCGUUCGAAAGCAGGACGUGGUGCACCGCGCGUGACCGCGGCUCUCGUAGGAGAUGGAGAAGGUAGGUUGAUAUUGAGCCCGGUGCACAAGGAGAACAUAUUAUCACGCAGCAAGGAAGACUUAGCACAGGAGGCAGCACUGGUGCUGCAGCAAGCUGGUAGCUUACGUUGUGUAGCACACGACAAUAGACGACUGCCCGGUAAGUUCAGCACGUUACCAGCAAGACGGGGUAACGUUAAUAAAAAACGUCCAGAAUUGCCGCUAGACGUGAAGAGACGUAAGAGCGAAGAGAUCGGUGUAACCACGACGAGUGGCGACCAAUUGUCCUGGACGCCAAAAGCAAAGAAGAAAACGUUGGAGAGAAGUAGCAGCGAUGCGGGUUCGAAAAAAUUGAAAGGUACAUUAGCUAAAUUCUUUUCGCCAAAAUUAGAGAGAAAAAGGAAGCCGGUUGGCCGUAGCGUUAGCGACGCUGGUACGUCGAGUAGACAAUACCGCAAGAGAAGUGGCAGCGAGAGCGAAGGUUCGCAUUUGAGCAGUGCUGCUCGUGCUAAGAAACAGCUGUCGCCGAUAAUCGAGACUUCGCCUCAGGUCGAUCAGACUCAACCGUUUCAUUUUGGGGUGGUUAGUAAGGAGGAGGUUAGUAAGCCGAAUGCUAAAAAGUCGAAGCAGGAGGAAGGUGAUACAAAUGUCGAGAGAAUAAUCGAACGAGUCGAAACGAAGGAGAGGAUCGAGGGGACUACUACAGAGAUCUCUCUCGAUCGGUCAAUCGAGACGAGGAAAGAGAAUAAAGUAGUUGAGAGACAGAAUCAGUUAGAUAUCACGAAUGAUAAGGAUCGUAUUACCGGUGAAGAGAAGGAAGUGACGGCACGUAGGAAGACGGAAACAACGAAUCGUAUCUCGUCGCCUCAAGGAAAAGAGACGAAGCUUCGGGAGGAGGUCGACGAGGUCGACCGGGUCGGGAGCAUGCUGCACAGCAGCAGAUACGAUCUUCAGAAACGCGGCGAGGAAUCGACGAUCAACAAGAUGAUUCAUCGAUUGUCGAGCGAUCGUUCGCCACCGCCACAGCUGACGAGAACCAUGGUCUCGCCGGGACCUGGUUUUGGACAUAACAACAAUCGGCCCUUCUCUUACACGAGGCCGAACGAUCCCGGCAGUCCACCGCCGACUUCGCAAACGAACGUGAUGUAUGCUCAGGUACAAGCGGACAAGAAGAAGGCCCAGAGGAGUCAUUCGGAUAGCGACGAGGGUUUGGGUCUCGAAAGAAAGGACUCGUCACGAGAGAACAGUCCAGCCGAAAAGGAAUACCGUAGAACGGACUAUUCUUACAGUAGCGAUCUAAGACGUAACAACGAGAUAAACAAUCUCAAGUCUCGCUACGAGGAAACUCGAAAGAGUACAACCACUUCCCGUUUUGGGAAUCACUUUGGCGGUUCCAAGGAUUUCCUCUCCUCCAGAGACUUAGACAAUCGAUGUCCCGAGGACGAGAUCGAACUGGAUCGACGUUACGAGCCGGAGAAAUAUACUUCGACGAUUUUCGUCGAUACCAGCGGCAGAGAGAGCACCGAUCUCACCUCGCGACAAAAUCAUCAGAGCGGUAUAUCCAACAAAACGUCCGAACUAAGCGCCAGACGAGAUCUUCUCGAGUCGAGGAUAAAAUCGAGGCUGCUCGCCGACGAAAUGUAUGCCGCGAAAAACACGGCGAACGUGUCGAUCAAAAAGUCCGAGCACGAGAUUAUCGACAAACCGAUCGUCCCGUCGCCGGUUACGCCCAGUCGAAUAUCGUCUCCGAAACGUUACACCGACACGUAUAUCACGGAGACCAGGACCAGUAGCAAUGGCGAGAAAUAUAUUUUCGAAAAGCAAAUACACGAGGACAAUGGCAAAGUCUAUGGUUACGAGAAGAAAAUAACGAACAAAAUCCCGUCUGACGGUUACGUCGAAUCGAAACCAAGAGACGGUUAUACGGUUGAAACGAGAACGGACAAGUACGGGGACAAGUACAUCGUCGAAACUAGGACACACGGUAGUUAUACGGACGACUUCAAGCCGUUUCUCAGUGACAGAAGUAGGACCAGCCCGGAAGAGAGAUUCGAAAGAAAUCAUUUGGGUGGUCCUUACAAGUCCACCAAUUAUUUAGCCGACGGCUCGACGAACCCAAGGACGAGUCAUUAUUUCCGAAACGAAUCGAAGGACAACGAUACGCUUUCUUCGCCGAUCGUGGUAAGGAAAUUUACCGCUGAGAGGAAACUUUCUAAAAGCGACGAUUUUCUCGAUCGAGAUGUGCGCCCCAACGAGAGCCUUCCAAAAAUGAAUAAAAAUUUCGAAUCGAUUCGUGGAAUGAGCAAGUCGACUCAACGUUUGAACGAGCUUGGCGAGAACUCGAGAAUCUUACGAAACGAGUACACGACGAGGUCGCACGAGAAUCUAUGCAGUCACGUUGAUUACGGGAGUGCUGGGGAAACGAAUACGAGGAAAGAGAGAUCACCGUUCACCAAGAGACGCCUUGACAGUUUACGAGAACGACCGAUCGAUGACUACGACACCGAUAUCUCGCAAAUGACGAGUAGCCAGCUAGAGUCCAAGUAUUACAAGGAGACUCGAACUACCCAAAGAUACAGUAGCAGCAAACAUCCGAUCCACGAUGAUUACGACAGUUCACCGCCUCGUAUCAGAACGGAUCGGACUGGUCCAAGUGGUGUACGAAGUACCGAUCCUGGUACCAAUGGUCACAAUUCGAGUCGUUACGAUUCCGACACUACGGCGAGGGAAUCGAUUCGUCGAGAAACUCGAUACGACGAGCGUACUCUUCGGAAGGAUCAUCGAAACGGCAACGUCCUUGACGCCGAGCCGAAGAAACCAUUGAGAAGAUCGCGCAAUCGUCUCGAUUAUUUCGACGAUUCCGACGCUCGAGAGAGUCCACGUGGAAAGAGUUCCAUCGACGAGACCCCACCAACCAGACCCCUCCGAAGUUAUCACGAAAAUGGUAAAUCCCGACAUGCCAGGCAAGAAACUCGUGCUUACAUGGAACAACGUCGUUAUCGGGAGACGCGUUUGAGCGAUCCCGAUAGGAAAGAUCGUCUUGCCGAUUCUGGUAUCGAAAAUGAUUACAGGCGAGACUCGCAGGAGGCCGAUAGACGGGAACCGAUCGAAUCGGAGGACGAAGGGUUUGCGAGUAGACAAUUUAUCAAAAACGAGAGAAGGCAUACCGAUCGGAAUAUGAACCUAACUCCGUUGGAACAACGAAAGUACGACAAAUAUCCGAACGAUAUCGGUACCGGUAAAUCGACGAGCGGAUUGGUCACCUCCAAGCCUCCCACCGGUGCUGAUAAGAAAUACGAGAAGAAGGCUGCCAAGAAAAGUGGCACGAUGAGCAAGGUGAAGCAGUUGUUCAGUAAGAGGGAGAAGAAAGCUAAGGAAGAGAAGAAUAAGAAGAACUCGAGAAGCGGUAGCAGUGGUGCAUUGACGGACGACGAGGUCACGAUGCGCUAUCGAGAGUAUCGCGGAGAUCGACUUAGGAGUGCCAAGAGCGCGAGGGACCUCGGCAGCGACAUAAAUCAGGAGGACUAUAGUCAACGAAGACGAUUAUCAACGCCAAGCGGAAGUCCAAGUCCAUCGAGGCCAACGAGGCUCUCUAGAUCUACCGGUACCCUUACCAGAGACGAGGACUCCUUUUGCGAAUCGAGUAACACGCUCACGAGAGAAAAUCAAGGACAAGAGGCUGAAAGAAAGGGAUGGUUCAAAUCUCUGUCACGGAAAAAUAAAUCCAGUACCAAGAGCGUGGAUAAGAAGCCAAGAAUACCAGAAAGUGAGAUCUUGACGACCGGAACGGAGGACGAGGAGGCAUCGUCCGCCCCGGAACGAGUUUCCGUUCAAAAGAAUCUUCGCUUCUUCGGCGACACCGAUCAGGAAUCGGUCUCAUCGAACCGUGAUAUCAGAAACAAACGAGUCGACGAGCGUGUCUGUACAAAACGUGAUGUCAGCAAUUCGAACAGGAGCCAUAAUCUCGGUAUUGUCUCACCACCAAGGAAACCACCAAGAUUAGCCGAAAGCGCUCUUUCUUCCGGUGAGAGUACUACCGGUGAUAGCAGUCAACAGAGCCAAAAUUCCCAAAGAUCGCAAAGAUCUGUCGUAUAUUUGCAUGCGACUACGAUCGGCGAAAUACCUGGACCGAACGAACGACGUAGAGCAGCGAGUCGAGAGGAACUCAAUCGACCUCUACAAUCGCACACGAGAACCGUGUCUAGGAGUGUGAGCGUUUUAGCUCCUUGGAAACCAAGACACUAUAGGGAACCUUUCGAAAUCAAUUAUGAUCAACAACAACAUCAAAAACCAAUGAUGACUUUAAGACGUAGACAAAGAAGUCGCGAGACGCUCAGUCGUAGGGGUAAAGAAGCCCGACGAAGCAAAGACAAUCUUUCUAAAACCGGUACGAUCAAUCGCAGUACGUUGAAAUCAAAGGACAAGCAGAAAGUGGACAGGACCGUUUCCACGGAAUCGCUAUCGACGAAAUCUCGGAGCGUGAGCUCGAAGCCAGAGCUCAGUAGGUCAACAUCCGUACCACGUGAUCCAAACAAGAGCGCGGGAUGGUUUAAGCUAAAGAGCAAAAAAUCCCGGGCCUAAAGAAAAGGCCAUUGAUCAAUGCUAGUCUUGAGUUUCAUAAGUAAUAUUCGUAAUCGUUAGCGGCUGAAAAUUAACAAGUCGGAUCCAUCGCCAAUUCGCGAUCGUGAACACGACAGUUUCUUAAUUUACAUAUUUUUUUCCCUUCUCCUUUAUUCUUUUAUUUUAUUUUCUUUUUUUUUUUAUUUUAUUUUUUUCUUUUUCUCAUUUUUUUCUUGUCUCUUUACUCUAUUACCGUACAAUGCGAGCGAGUGAGAUAACAUUAAUCUAUUAACAAUUUAAACACGUAAAUUUAUUAGACUUGUACGAAUCGAAUCUUUUGAGAAAAAUACAAACAAACAAACAAACAAACUUGGAACUACACUCGACUUUUAUAUACGUGCAUUCGUAUUACAAAAUACACAAUAUAUGAUUUAAUGAUUGUUUAAAAACCUUACUUAUUUUUUCUCUUGUUACAAAUCUCAUUAAAACUUUAUUAUCUUCUUUAUGAUAAUUGAUCGUAUUAAAAAAGUAUCUCUAACACUUUGUUGUUCUAACGUAACAAAGAUGAAUAAUUUAUAUGUAUAUCGGUACUAACAAACAAAUGAAAACCCGGAGAAUUUGAACUUUAAUGAUAAACGCGAGUACGAAGAUUCGAUGAAAGACAGCCGAAUGAAUAAUACUUUUUAAUAAGAUUCUUAAGAACGAAGUCAUGCCACGAUUUCGAAAUUGAAGUUGAAGUUUAAGAAAACAAUUUAUGAAUGAUCGAAUAAAUUGAUAUAUAUAUAUAUAUAUAUAUAUAUAUAUAUAUAUAUAUAUACACAUAAAGCUUUCUCUCUACCAAAUUUAAUCGUUUAAAUUUGUUGCAUAAGAAGAGAAUGCAUCGGAUAAAAACGAAAAAAGGAAAUAUUUAAACGAACGUGGCACUUAUAUUAAAAAAAUUCGUGCUCUUUCUCUAUCUUCCUCUUUCUCCGAUUUGGGUGUCGAAUAUAUUAAUUAAACGGUAUAUAUUAUAUAUACGCGUAGUAUAAUUUAUAAAAACAAGGAAAGAAGAAAAGAAUUUAUACUACCGUGAAUGCGAGUGCCAUUUACAUUUGCAUAGAUCUUUUAUACUUUUAAUAUAAAUCAAAAUUUUUUCUCUGAUAUCUUACUCUCUUGGAUAUCGUCCGAUAUCGUCGAUCGUAUUCUCUAUAAUGAAAUAAAAAAAAAGAAAAAGAAAAAUGCGAUUAGCGAUAUAAAAUAUAUUUUAUAUACGAAUAACUAUUUCACGAGUCGCGUUGUAAAAAGUAUAAAAGCCAAGCACGUACUUAAAAACACGACGUAUAUACAAAUUUCUUUUGUUCAUAGGCUAAUGUAAACUUUUCUCCUCUUUCUGUUUUUUUUUUCUUCUUCUCUCUUCUUCUGCUUUUUUAUGUAUAUACUUGUAAUAUUAAUCCUUUAUUGUUUGCUAUUGUUAUACUUUAAUCUCGAGAUCUUUCCUAUACGAACAUCCAUUUGUCACUAAAUGAUCACGAUCAUCAACGGCUACGAUUUUCAUCUGGGAAAAUAGUUUGUUACGCGAGAGAAUCUUUGCUUAUAUUACUUCAUCUCGACACUGACUGUAACAACAGAGUAAAUGAUAAGCAUAGAACAAUUUUCUGUUGUACUGUGAUACGCCGUUAUACUGUUGAAAGGAUCGAUUUACUCAGUGACAAAAAUAGUCAUCUGCACCAUAAGUUUCAUUUCCAUUUGGUGCUAAUUAUAUGUGUAUGUACAUAUGAAUCAUUAAGGAUUGCAUGUAAAUAUCAUGGAUAUAUGGAUGGUCUGUAUUGGUUUACUGAUAAAUUUGUAUUGUCCAUUAACAUAGUUAUUAGUCCUUCACACAAGUGUAAGAAAAAUAAUAUUAAAUGUACGGAGACAUAGAACUCUGGCGACAAGUUAUAUUUUGUAACAUGAAUAACAAUUUGAAAUAAACGAACAUAAUUUCAAAGAA